GAAGGAAGAAAAAAAUUGAAGAUCAUAGCUUUUGGGUUCUUCAAAUUCUACACAAAUCUCACUAUGAUUGACGAUCAGGACUUGGGUUUCUUUGCAAACUUUCUUGGUAUCUUUAUUUUUAUGCGGACCUACCAUUGUGUGAUGUCAGAUCCCAAAUAUGAAGGCAAUUGA